UCGUCAGAAAUCACCCACCUGAGUCAGGAGAGGGCAAUAUCACCGCGCAAUAACAUAUAUUGCAUUGUACAAAAUGUCGCCGUGAAUCACAGGCCAGACUGGUAUAUGGCUGCAUCGUGACUCAUUCAGGGUUAACUACGGGAGCGGUCGUUUAAGUACUUGCCCGGCAAUUCGAAGGAUUAUUCUGUAACUAGAACUUCAAGUAAAAGCGUGUGGAAUAUAAACGUCAGCUGGUCUGACGGAGGUGAGGAGCGCCAACUUGAAAGUGGAAACAGUUUUGUACAUGAUUUUACGGGCUUGAUGUUACGAAGCCAUCGACAUUUAACAAUACAAAGACAACAACGAAGAAAAAGAUGUACCAUCAACUUUUGAUCAUCAUCAUUGCUACCAUCACACAUCGAACAUGCGCGACCUUUUGCUCGCAAGAUCCGUGCCAGAAUGGAGGAACAUGCUACACAGGUUUAAAUUCGUACGUCUGCGUUUGUCCAAGUAGAUAUUCUGGCUCAAACUGCGAAACGUUUCUGGAUGAUUCUGAUUAUAGCAUAACUCCUUGUACAUCAAGCACAUGUUCCAAUGGUGGAAUUUGCUACACUGGCCCAAAUGGUUCAUUUUUCUGCAAGUGUGCCACAGGCUUCAGGGGCACCAACUGUGAAAUAACAGAGGACACUGGUGUCACCUCUACUGCCACGCCCAUUGUAACACACUGUACACCAACUACCUGCUACAACGGGGGCACCUGCUACGUUGGAGCGUCAACCAACUCUUUCCUCUGUGUUUGUCCCAGUGGAUACACUGGCUCCCGCUGCAACAGGGUGGCAACCACAGUUCCACCCUAUGCACUCGUCUAUUGCAGUUCCAAUCCGUGCAACAAUGGGGGGACAUGCUACACAGGACAGUCUGGUUACAUCUGCCGAUGUCCACCUGGGCUAACCGGACAGCACUGUGAGACACCAUCUUUGUGUGGCUCCAACCCCUGCCAUAAUGGCGGGGCAUGUUUUACCGGCGAAUCCAGCUACAGGUGUGUCUGCCCCAACAAUUUCACAGGACCCGAUUGUGAGACACCAGUUGUUUGCUCCAUGAGCCAACCAUGCCUGAAUGGAGGCUCAUGUGACUUGAUGCAGAUAGACGGAGGGUUGAAUGCAACCCUUUGUACUUGCCCGGAGGCCUACCGAGGACCCUACUGUGAAACACUUGCAAGUUGUAUCGAUAUUCCCUGUGAGAAUGGCGGAACUUGCAUCCCUGCUGGAGGCAACUCAACAGACAUGAUAUGUAGCUGUACAAGGGAUUUCUAUGGUAUUCGAUGUCAGCGUCAAGCUGAUAUUUGCAGCUCCAAGAGUCCUUGCUUGAAUGGUGGAACCUGUUUCACUUCAAGUACGAACCGAACAGCAUAUGUUUGUGCUUGUCCUCAUGGCUAUGAAGGGCACGUAUGUCAACAUUCAAAUCCUUGUGCGAAUAACCCCUGCCAAAACGGUGGGGCCUGCUCACGUCCCUCUGACCCAACCAGCGAUAUGGUGGUGUGCCAGUGCAGAAAUGGCUUUGUGGGUUUUCGGUGUGAAAUAGAGGACACUGGCAUUGGGGCGUGUGUGACAGGAGCUUGUAUGAAUGGAGGUACUUGCAUUCCUUCCCCCUUUGCUGAGGGUGGUCUUACAUGCCUAUGCCCUGCCUCCCACACGGGCAGUCGUUGUGAACAGCAGAUACCCUUAGCCUGUGGUAGCAACCCGUGCAUGAAUGAAGCCACCUGCAAUGAUGUAGGAGAUGGAAACUACCAAUGUACAUGUUUGGAAGGCUACACCGGGCGUAGGUGUGAAGUUAUCGGUCCUUGCGUGUCAUCCCCGUGCAUGAAUGGAGGACUCUGCGUUGAGGAUGUCUACAAUCCAGGGAACUUUGUGUGUCAUUGCCGCAACCAAUACACAGGAACUACAUGUACCAUACCCCCCCAAGAAGAUCCAUGCAAUUCCUCCCCUUGCCAGAACAGCGGCGAGUGUGUACCAACCAACAAUGGGACCAGCUACCGCUGUGACUGCCCAGCAGACUUUGUUGGUGUUAACUGUGACAUCCCAGAUCCCUGCAGUCCAAGUCCCUGUCUCAACUCCGGUGUGUGCAACACCAUCCCCGUGGCUGGCGGAACCUGGGGUUUUUACUGUGUCUGCACCAGUCAGUUCCUGGGCCUUACUUGUGCUGUACCACGUGCCUGUGUCAGUAACCCUUGCCUGAAUGGUGGACUGUGCAUGGAUGUACUUGGGUCAGCUAGCCAGCCCAUCUAUGGCACAGAGUUGACCACCGAAAUGCUGGACUACAACUGUCGCUGUACUGUUGGAUGGACUGGUCAAAACUGUGAAACUGCAGUAACUGAUCCCUGUCAGUCUAAUCCAUGCAAGAACAAUGGCACGUGCUACAGGAGCCACUCCACCAACAGGUUCUUCUGCAGUUGCCUUGAUGGCUUCUAUGGGCCUCUCUGUGUAGCUGACCCCUGUGCAUCAAACCCCUGUAAGAACAAUGCAACAUGCCAAUCGGUUGGUAACGAGUACUCCUGUAUCUGUGAUACCGGCUAUUCGGGUGACGACUGCACAGUGGAAGAUCUGUGCCAUUCUAAUCCAUGUGCUAAUGGAGGGACAUGCACUCUGACAGACUCCUGGUUUGAAUGCAGCUGUGUUCAAGGCUACACUGGCACUGACUGUUCACAAGACGACCCUUGUUUUGACAGUCCAUGCCUUAAUAAUGGCAGCUGCAUCACAGUCAAACGUGGUGCAGUCAACACAGUAGAAUACCAGUGCCUGUGUCCACUUGGCUUUGGAGGACUGACAUGCGGGGUUCAUUUUGGAGACGUGAACAAGUGCGUGCUGAACCUGUGCGAAAACGGUGGCACUUGCUACCGAGGUUCCGACUCCGUGGGAACCUACAUCUGCGUAUGCUCGGAGGGCUACCUGGGAAAGCACUGUGAGCAGAAAGAGUCUGAACACCCUGUUGGUGUUACCCAAGGUCCUGAUGAUCCCUGUGAUCCAGAACCAUGCCAGAACGGUGGCAGUUGUUCCCGUAGUAGCACGACAGCAGGAUACAUAUGCAUUUGCCCAGAAUCCUUCACAGGAAGCAACUGUGAGAAUGCCUCUACAGUAGCUGCACCUACAGCUGUUGAACCCACGAGACCUGCACCUACAGGGUGUACGGUUGGGAGCCGGAUGUAUAAUAAUGGAGAAUCCUGGCUGGUUGGGUGCCAGCUGUGUUCUUGUUUGGGUGGCAUGGCAUCAUGUGCAGAUUGGAACUGUAGAGACCGAUGUCUACAUGAGAGCCGUAUAUAUGAGCCAGGCACCAAUAGAUCAGACAACUGUAACUCCUGCACUUGUGUUAAGGGAGUCUGGGAAUGUACCGACAAUGCUUGUGGCAAAACCUGCACCUACAUGAGGGAGGUCUACUUGGCAAAUGAAGAUCGCAAGGAAGAUUGUAAUAUGUGUUCCUGCAUAGGUGGGCAGUGGGGUUGCACGACCAGAGCUUGUGAUGCCCCUCCAAUUGUAAUUGAGGUGUCGUUUGAAUUCAUCAAUGAUAUUAGUGAUAUAGCAGGCAAAGAAGAGCAGUUUAUCAGUGAAUUGAGAGCAGCCCUCAUGCAGUUGCUGAGAAUAGGGGACAAUCACAUUCAGGAUAUGGCAAUAUUUCCUGGAAGCAUAAAGGUGAAAUUUAACCUCGUCGAGAACAAGACAGAUAAUGUCAACAUUGAAACAGUGGCUGUCGUACUGCAAAGUGCGAUCAGCGAGAACUCCUAUAUCUUCAUGUUUGAGGGCCAGCAAUAUCAGUCCAACCCCUCCUCCUACAGAAUGGUGAAACAGGGCGCGCCCACUACAGCCCCUCCCUCUGAGCAGCCAAACAGGCUACUCAUUAUCAUAAUUGUGUCCGUCUGUGGUGGUGUCGGCAUUCUAAUCGUCAUCGCAUCUGUCUGUUACAUGGUGAAGAGACACACAUCUAGAAGAAACAUCACCGAGUACGGAGAAGACAGAUUACCAUCGCGCUCUGACAAGACAUCGUGGGGCGGAAUUGAAAACGAAGGCUACGACAGAGAUCGAACGACCAGCAGAUUUUAAACUUUACAAAUUUCAUCGUUGAAAAAUAUAUUGUCUUUCAAACUUUAAGGCCAGCUUAACAUCUGAUGCAAAAUCAAAUAAUGUGUAGACAAAUAUUGUGUGAACUUUAUUAAUUUUGAAACGAUUAUGAAAAAGCAUUUAGACAAAGUAGAAUUUUAUAUUCAUCUUACAGAGAAAGGACUGAAAUCGUAGAGAUUUCCCGCAUUUAAACUGUAACUUGCAAUAGGUUCCAAAGAAACUGCAUACAAAAUGCUUGUGAAUUGAAUGCAAUUUUACGAUGUUUUUCAUCAUCCAGAUGUAUUCCAAUUCAUAAAUAAAGCUAAUAAACAUCUGCCUGUGUUCCAACACUUUCCUCAAAGCUAGAAAAGAAAUGUGGCAGUCGAUUGAGUUUUAACUUGCAUAAAUGUAAAAUCUUUUAAAACUUAAUAUCAACUUGGUAGUAACAUUAUGAAAUCAUAAGAUGCGAUAAUUUUUGUACUAUUGAAAAAGAAAACAUAAUGUUUUAUAUGUUUGUAUUUUGGAAAACAAAAUUAUAAUGAUUCUUUAGUGGAAUACUUCCAAGUACAUUGAAUUAAAAAUCAAGUGCUUUCACUGCAGGAGACCAUGUUUUGCAGGCAAAUUUCCAAUGCAAACGAAAUGUUUGUGUCAUCAUUAAGAACUUUUUAAAAUUUCUUCAUGUGCCGUGUAUGAUGCUCCACAAAUUUUCUUUAGAUUGUUUUUAUUGUUCAUGUCUUUCCUCCUUUUGUCUCGUGUAUAAUUGAAUGGGAAAUGGUGCAUUAUUAACACCAAAGUGUGUUUACCUACUUCCUAUAUUUUGUGACGUAUUAUUGAUAUAUAAGAUAAAUUAGCAAAAACAAAAUGUAAAUUACAAUGUCAUGUAUGAAAGGUCAAUCCAAAAACUGUUAUUUUCAUCACUUAUUUACAGUAUUUAAACCAACAGUGGUCCUCUUUAGGUUACAGUUAUCCAUGGUUAUUAUUUUCAUAUUAAAUGAUAAGCAUUUUUCCCCUUGUGAGUUAUGAUUAAAGCAUUUGUGUAUCACUCUGUAUGAAUAUGGGUACCGUGUGGGAUGGGUUGGGGAUGGGGGGUACUUGCCUCACCCCCUUCAGAAGAAGGGAGGAUUUUUUAAGUGCAAUUAAUAAAAAAAGAAAUGAUUAAAGGGGAUGAAAAUUUAUAUUGGCAUUUUCAACGACAUACCUCAGAAAGAACCUCCUCUACAAUUGGUUUGUCCAUCUGCUACUGUUGAGAGUGAGGGCCCCCCCCCAAGAUAGCACUUUACUUACAGUACCCAUGCGUGCGAUGCUAGAAUAUACACCCCUUCGAGAAGAAAAGACAUCCGAUGUUUCAAAGGAGAAACAAAGAUUGGAAACAUAAUGCAGUUGUUUAACAGUCGAAGUGGUGUCUUCAAUAAUGCUGAGAUUUGGUCUUUGGUGUCCUUUACUAAGUUUACUUUUGUUUGAAUUUCAAAUGACAAGUUUAUACCAAUUAAGUAAUGCCUACAUUACUUUGUUACUUGUUAGUCAUAUAAAAAAAUGCCUAUCAGGGCUCACGCAAGUCGUAAAUGCAAAUAAAUAUAGAUGAUUUUUAUACCACAAGAUAAAGA